UCGCUGGAAAGAAACUACGUAAUGUGAUGGACAUGAGAGCUGAACUGGGAGGGUGUGAGCCAUUUGAUACUUGUCCAAGAGCAUAUGACCUAUUGCAUGCAGCAUGUCUUUUCUUUGUCGAGAAAAAGAGGUGUAAUAUGUCAACCAUCAUGCUUGAGAUGGACCGGAUGCUGAGACCUUGUGGACAUGUAAAUAUAUGGGACUCUGUAUCUGUUAUGGGUGAACUUCAAGAAACAGCAACCGCAAUGGGAUGGGUGCCUGCACUACAUGAAACAGGUGAAGGGCCACGCGCAAGCUGGAAAAUUUUAAUCUCUGAUGUGAUGUGUGUUUACCAGUUUGUUUAACCCACUUUUUGAAUAUAUGAAAUCUCAAAUAAAAAGAUGCUGCAGCUCAUUCUAUAUAAUUUAGUGUAAUCCAUUGUUUUACAUUUGUACCUAGCGCAUUUAUGGGAUAGGCUGAUCAAUAUUGCUGCAUCUGAAUAAACCUAUAGUAGAUUUUUUUUCCCAUUUGCAUUCUAAAUGUAAUUUGUGCAUUACAAAAA